UGUGGAAUCUGUCGAGCUUCAAGGUUGGGGAUGCUUUUGUAAGAUGCGUGAAAUAUGUCGAAUAAUACGAAUGUGGAGGUCCUCAUUGCUGGAGGGAUCGCUGCUUUCACUAUCGAUCUGCUAGCGUAUCCUUUGGAUACUUUGAAGACGCGAUUCCAGAGUAAAGACUACAAAAGGAUCUACUAUGACCCGGCCAAAAAUGCCGUGAAUAAGGCGGUUCUGUUCAGGGGAUUGUACCAGGGCGUAGGGAGCGUGAUCCUCGUUACUUUACCCUCAUCGGGAAUCUUCUUCACAACAUAUGAAGCCGUCAAGAGCGGUUGUAUUAAAAUCAACCCAACACAGAGCGGGUCGCAACAUCCAUUAGUUCCGCUACCAAUUGUCCACUCCGUAGCCUCAUCUGUAGCUGAGCUUGCAUCAUGUCUGAUUCUCACACCGGCAGAGGUCAUUAAACAAAAUGCACAGAUGGUACGGCGGCCAGCUGGCAGCCACCACUCUAGCUUCAAGCAAUCACCAACCUACCAAGUCCUGCAACAUUUUAAGAAGCCAACUCAGUUGCUCAGGGGCUACACCUCCCUAGCAGCUCGGAACCUCCCAUUCACGGCAAUGCAGUUCCCCAUGUACGAGCACUUAAAACGGACUAUCAAUUCCAGUAGGCAGAAGAAGGGCAAGGCAACGGGGUCAAUCUCGGAAUUAGCAGCCGUCACGGCGGUCAGCGCAAGUGCGGCUGGCUCAGUCGCAUCGUUUAUCACAACGCCACUAGACGUCGUGAAGACACGGGUCAUGCUCUCAGCAAUGGACAAGCGCAGCGAUAACAGCAGCACGAAGCCAGCCGGCUCAGUAUCUCCUGGAAAGGGAAGCGCUCCUGCACGAGCAAGCCGCGGCGUGAAUAUUGACGUGGCACGACGAGUGCUUUCCGAAAGCGGUGUCAAGGGCCUCUUCCGCGGAGCAAGCUUGCGAUCCGCCUGGUCUGCGUUGGCAAGCGGGCUGUAUCUCGGGGUCUACGAGAGCAUGCGGAUGUGGCUCGGGGAGCGGCGGGUAGGGACGGAUGUAUGAGGAUGUGAUAGGGAGGGAAUUCUUGGAGGAGGAGGGGAGUGUGGAGUGUGGAGGGG